AUGGCGUCCGGUGCGAAUAUCACCUUCAUCGACGACUCCGACUCCAUUGUUCAAUACGAGGCGGGUUGGAACUGGGAGCCGAAUGUGUCGGAGGUGGAUGGAACCCGUCACCGGGCGGUGAUAGGUGGUCUGUGGGCGACGCUUUCAUUUGCCGGUUCUGGUGUGCAGGUCUUCGGGACCGUCGGGGCGUCGAGCAGCUACGGCCGGCCGACGACGGAGUACCUCAUCGACAACAAGAGCCUCGCCACGUACACCGCUCCGAUCACGAACACAAUGCGGUACAACGUCUCGUUCUUCGAUAUCCAGGGCCUCCCCUACGGCACACACAUGCUCAACAUCACGAACCUCAACGGCACCGCGCCCAACACCUUCUGGCUCGACUUCUUCUUCGUCAACAAGACCGUCACCGCAAGCGACAGCACUGCGUCCGUCUCCUCGAGCACGAGUUCCGGUCCGGCGACGGGCCCGACCGCGGGCGUCGCCGGGAACACGUCCGCUUCCGGCGGGCACAAGAACAUCGGCGCGAUCGUGGGUGGCGUCGUCGGUGGCAUCGCCUUCCUCGCGCUCCUCGCGCUCGUCCUCUACUGCGUGCGGAAACAGCGUCGUCGAAACACCGUGCAGCCCUACGCCGGACCUCCACCCGACAACCUCGACGGCGACGGCCACCUGAGCCCGGCCAAGUCCCCCUCGCCCUCCUUCGCGCCGGGCACGGCGCUCCCCUCGCUCGCACCCUCGUCCGUCGCGCCCGCCUCCUCCGUGACCCCCAGCAUGCCCUCGCCCUUGCUCUCCCCGAACCGGUACACGUCUACCGCGCCCUCCUCACCGCAGCCGGCCACCCCGUCCGACAUCGUCUCCCUCUCCCCGCAGAUCGCGAGCGCGAGCGUGGGCGUGGCGGGCGCGGAGCCGCUGCCGGUGCCGCACACCGAGGUCUCGCGCGCGCCGUGGUACGCGCCCGCGGCGGAGGUCGACCGCGCGGAGGUCCUCCUCCACGCGUUCUCCGUCCUGCACGACCCAGACGAUUCCGACGACGACCGCGGCGACCGCGCGCAGUACGGCGCGGCGAGCGUGAAGGGCUCCGGGGCGAGCGCGCGGACGGCGACGACGCGUAUGACUCAGACGACGAUAGCGUCGCCGCUGCGCGAUGAGGAUUCGGGGUUGCGGAUGUACAGCGAGCCGGCGCUGCCGCCCGCGUACACGCCGGACUGA